UUGUAGGUUAAUAUGAAUCUUAUACUUUGAAUAUGUUCACUUCUUUCAUCAGUGUAGUCUCAUUCAUGAACUUAUUAACAUCUUGACAAGUCAAAUGUAGUUCUGCAUACAGUGAGAGCAAUGUGAGACAGAUCCCCCAGCAUGUUUAAGGAAACACGUGAUAGGAAACCUGAACAGGAAGUUUUCACUGCAGUCUUACACUGUAUUCAUAAAGUCUAUGGUCCUACACUGCAGUUUUUACAGUCUAUGAGUUUUUAAAGGGAGCAAAAAAUCUCUGAAGUUGAUCCGACUGAGGCUGAAAUGUGAAAACCAAAACGCAUAGCCUUGACACAAUGUGCCCUGAAUAAAAUUAACUUUCACUUUCGCUUUUGGGUGUGGUUUCCAACGCUGCCUGAUAACGGAGAAAAGCGGCAGAAAGACGGACUUCUCAACCCUCGACUGAGCCUGUCUCAGUCUCAGUCUCAGUACCUGCAUUUGAAGUCCAAUCAUGGCCAGCAAUUAUUACCACUCUUAUGUGUAUGGCAGUACAUAUGAUGAGGAGCUGAGAAUAGUGAUGGUGGGGAAGACCGGAAAUGGGAAGAGUGCCACUGGAAACACCAUCCUGGGAAGAGAAUGCUUUGAAUCAAAGUUCAGUUCAAAGUCUAUGACUGUAGACUGUCACAAGGGCAAAGGUACAGUUGAGGAACAAAAGGUUGCUAUUAUUGACACCCCAGGCCUGUUUGACACCAGGUUUGGAAUGGACAAGACAGCUAAAGAUAUCAGCCAGUGUGUCGCUUUUGCUUCUCCUGGUCCCCAUGUGUUCCUGGUGGUUAUCAGGCUGGGUAGAUACACUGAAGAGGAGCUGCAGACAGUGCAAAGGAUUCAAGAGAUCUUUGGCCAGGCUGCAGACCGAUACAGCAUGGUUCUCUUCACUGGUGGUGACCUGUUGGAUAUGGAAGAAAUCACGAUUGAGGAUUUCUUGGCUGAAAGCCCAGACUUGCAGGAACUCGCGGCCAGAUGUAACGGCCAGUACCAUGUUUUCAAUAAUAAGCAAAAAAGAGAUCGCUCUCAGGUCACCGUGCUGCUCCAGAAGAUCAGAGGUAUAGUCCAGUGGAACGGAGGAAGACACUACACCAACGAGAUGUUCCAAGAGGCUGCGUGGGUAAUUGAAGAGGAGAGACAACGCAUCUUGAAGGAGAAAGAGGAGCAAAUACGCAAAGAAAAAGAAAAGCUUGAGAAGGAAGCACAGCAAAAAUAUGAAAAAGAGAUGAGGAGAAUCAGAAGGCAACUCCAAGCUGAGAGAGAGAGGGAAAGGGAAGAGAGAGAAAGAGAAAGACAGAGGGAAUGGGAGAGGAGGGAAUGGGAGAGGAUGAUGGAGAGACAAGAAAGAGAAGCUGAGAGAAGAAGAGCUCAAGAGGAAAGAGAGAGGGAGAUAGAAAAUAUGAGGAUGCUUUUACAAAGACAGCAAGAAGAAGAGAUGAAAGAGAUGGAAGAGGAAAGAGAAAGGCAGAGAAGAAGGCAAGAAAGUCGAUCUGAACCAGACGACGAUUGUACUAUCCUGUGAUGACUGUGUUGUCUUAGUAUUUUAUUUAUGUGCCUCUGUUUUGAAGUGAAAUAAAAUAUGCACCUAUUAGAAUUUGAGGUUUUAUAAGAAUCAAAACUCCCUCCGUGGUAAAACAGUUGAUUAACCAAACAUCAAAAUGACAAAUGUAUUUCCUAAUACAUUCAUAAUGUAAGAAUGACAGAAGAAGUCAUAAGAAAUGUUUCACACAUGCACACUUUUUCCACUAUUUAUAUGAAAAAUGAAUAUGUUUCUAACUUUUUGGUUGUACACCUUAAAUCAUUUAAUUAUUGAAAUUCUAAAACCUCACACAUGCUGAAUAAUACUUGAAUAAACAGUGGUCAGUGUACUUAAAUAUAUACAAUAUGGGACACUUUAAAAGCACUGUGAGCUGUUUUUAACUGUUCUUGAAAAAUUCACUCUCUUAUACUGAUGCCUCUUCAUGACCUCAAAAUAAAAUGAUCAAUGAUAAGCUUGGUUAUUUCUUUAUACUAUGAUGCCUGUGUUCUGGUCAGAUUUUCCAUGUCAGCUUUUACCUAGUCUCUAUAACCAUCAUGAAGGAUAAAAAGCAUCAAACAGAAACAAUCAUUUGAAGUCUGAGCAAUCUCUUUGCCCCUCUGUAUCACAGAGCAGUCCAAUAAAUCGAUAUUUAAUGCCUUUAUGUGCAUUAAUCCCAUGGCUGAAUCUUAA